AUGGAGCUCGCCGUCAGCGCCGCGAGCUGGGCGGUGGGCAAAGCGCUGGCCCCCGUCACGGGCGGCUUGCUGGAGGCGUGGGCGGCCAGCGAAGGGCUCGGCCCCAACGUCGACGCCCUCAAGGUGGAGCUGCUGUACGCGCAGGCCAUGCUCGAGAACACGCGGGGCAGGGAGAUCCGCAGCCCUUCGCUCAAGGAGCUGCUGAGCAAGCUGCGUCAGCUGGCGACGAGCUCGACGGCACCUACCAUGCCGCCGAUGCGCACGCCGGGGGGUUGCGUCCACGGCCUCGCCCUCAACGCUCGACACACCGCGAGAGCUGUCGCUGCUAAGCUCAACCUCUGCUCCGGCGGCUCUGCUGGUGACGUGAUCGUUGCCGGUGAUCCUGCUCAGCAAGAUAAAAACGCGAAACAAGGAUGUCUCUCUGCUAGCGUCUGCUCAUGUGGCGGCCGGCAGACGGUCAGCUCCUUACCGCCAUCUCCUACCAACCAGGAUGAUGGCCAGGAGGCUGCACCAGCAUGUGGCUUCAGUAAGUGUCUUCUCUUCUCCCUCCCGUGCUGCUUUUUUAUAUUACCAUCUGUUGGUGCAUGCUCUGACUUGUCCGAGGAACAUAACAUGACAGGAAAUGGACGGCAAUUCUUGGGUGCUGUCUUGCCUCCUAAGGUGCAACGAUGCUUCUCGGGCGUUUGCUUGUGCCGCAAGCGUGAGACGAGCUCGUCACCACCAGCACCCAGCAACCAGUGCGAAAAGAAGGUUGGCGGUGGAUGUGGAUGCCUGCUCAAAGUCAAUUCUACUGCUCGCAGCGCUGCCCAAGUCGUUGGUAAAUGCUUUCCAUGCUGCUCUUUUCCAUCUGACGGCGACGAUAAUACUCACCCUGGCAUGUUGGAGAAAACAAACAUGCCAGAGGAUCAAAGGAGAUUUCUCUGCUGGACGUCCAAGGUACAAAAGGGGAAAAACACUGCACUACGACCAGAACUGAAGUUUAACAGGGUGAACAUCUCUACAAAGAUGAAGGACAUCAUAGAGCAUCUCAAGCCUAUAUGUGCUAAGGUCUCCAACAUUCUGAACCUAGAAUUCAUGGUUGUGCUUCCGAUUGUUGGUCCUGGAGGAAUUGGGAAGACAACUUUUACACAGCACGUAUAUGAAGAACUGAAGAACAACCCUUUUGAGGUCGCAAUUUGGAUAUGUGUCUCCCUCAAUUUUAAUGCUGGUAGGUUGGCCCAAGAAGCCGUGAAAAAAGUUCCUGAAGUUGAUAAGGAAGAAGAAAACAGCAGUGCCGAAGAGCUAAUCGAACAAAGAUUGAAAGCUAAGCGGUUUUUGCUUGUACUAGAUGAUAUGUGGGCAUGCCAUGAGGAUGAAUGGAAAAAAUUGUUAGCUCCAUUUAGAAGAGGGGGAGGAAAAGGUAGUAUGGUAAUUGUGACCACUCGGAUUCGUGAGGUGGCAAAAAUGGUUAUUAAGACAGUUCACUGUCCAAUAAUAGAAAUGGAGCGCUUAGAGGGUGAAGAUUUCAUGCAUUUUUUUGAAGCUUGCAUAUUUGGUGGUCAGCAGCCAUGGGAAGGUCACACGGACUUACGUGAGGUUGGGGAAAAUAUAGUGAGCAAAUUGAAAGGGUUUCCUCUUGCAGCAAAAACUGUUGGAAGAUUACUAAGAAGCCAACUUACUUUGGAACACUGGACUAAAGUUCUAGAAAGCAAAGAAUGGGAACUUCAAACCAAUGAUGAUGACAUUAUGCCAGCAUUAAAGCUUAGCUAUGAUUAUCUUCCUUUCCAUCAGCAACAGUGCUUUUACUAUUGUGGUUUGUUUCCUGAAGACUAUGAAUUUGACAGUAAAGAGUUAGUUCACUUGUGGAUUGGACUAGAUAUUGUACAACCAUGCGACCUGAACAGAAGAAUUGAAGAUGUUGGCUUGAACUAUUUAAAUGACUUGGUUAAUCAUGGGUUUUUAAAAAAGAAUGAAAGAAAGGAUGGUUCUCCUUAUUAUGUUGUCCAUGACCUACUACAUAAUUUGGCAGUGAAUAUUUCGUCAUUUGAAUGUCUCAGCAUAUGUAGUUCCAACGUUAAGUCAAUACAGAUUCGCCAAGAUGUACGUCACUUGUCUAUCAUUGUAGAUAACAAGGAGGUCGAGGACAUAAAUACUUUCAAGUAUUAUAAAGAUGACUUGAGUGUACUUGAUAAAAGAUUGAAUGUUGAAAACCUCCGUACUUUGAUGGUGUUUGGGGAACACAGUGGAAGCUUUGCCAAGACUUUUUGUGAUUUAUUUGAGAAAGCUAGAACCCUUCGUGCAAUUUAUUUAUUUGGAGCAUCGUCAUAUGCUAUGAAGGACAUGUUGAACAAGCUUCCAAAGCAUAUUCAUCUUCGUUACCUAAGGAUCAAAUGGACUGAUGGCACAGAAGAUGACACAGAAGACAUAGACUUUAAUCUUAGUGUGCUCGACUAG